AGCAAAAAAAAAAAAUAAAAAUAUGAAAAGAAAAUAUCUUUGAAAAUUCUUGGUGUAGUUAAUUUCCUAACUUGGAUAAAAAUUGAAAAAAUGAAAUUUUAUACGAAAUAAACUUUGUUUACAAAUAAUGCAAACAUUCCAAUUAUUUUUAAUGUUCCUCUUAGUUUUAAGUAAAAAUUUAAGGACUUUACAGAAUAUCAGCGACAGUGAUGACGGUGUAUGUAUAGCAAAAGACGAAUGUCAAAUGGGCAAGUCCAGUAAUUAUAAAGAAGAAAUUACAGUUUUCAAUAUAAUCAUACAAGAAAUUGAGAAAGCCCGCAAGUCGCACUCACCUUGUUCCACUGAUCCGGAAGAUGUUGAAUGCGUUUGCCAUCGAAAUGUAAUUGAUAGCGAUUUAGGCAUUUUCCAAAAAAAUGGCAUAACGCGCAGUGCACUAGACGAAGCAGCUAAAUAUGGUACACGCUAUAAAAUUUAUAACCACAGACUUUACAGAGAAUCAAAUUGCAUGUUUCCUUCAAGAUGUGAAGGCAUUCAACAUUUCAUUCUCAAAUUGUUACCUGAAUUACCUGACAUGGAUUUGGUGAUUAAUACGAGGGAUUGGCCGCAAGUGCCAUUAACCUUUAACGCUGAAUCGAAAGCAGUAUUUUCCUUCUCGAAAACGAAGGAUUAUGCGGACAUCAUGUAUCCAGCGUGGACUUUUUGGGCUGGUGGUCCAGCAAUAUCCUUAUAUCCGACGGGUAUAGGCAGAUGGGAUUUACAUAGGGAAAAUCUAAAAAGAGCUGCUGGGAAAUAUGCCUGGAAAUCAAAAAUUCCUAAAGGUUUCUUUAGAGGCUCACGCACGUGCAGUGAAAGGGAUUCGCUGAUUUUGCUUUCGAGAAAAAAAUCCCAUUUGGUCGAUGCUCAAUACACGAAAAAUCAAGCGUGGAAAUCACUUAAAGAUACUUUGAAUGCAGAUCCUGCUAAGGAAGUGUCGUUCGAAGAUCACUGUCAGUACAAGUAUCUCUUUAAUUUUCGGGGCGUAGCAGCUAGUUUUCGAUUUAAGCAUUUAUUUUUAUGCAAUUCCUUGAUUUUCCACGUGGGCGACGAUUGGUUGGAAUUUUUUUACUUAGCUCUUAAGCCAUGGGUACAUUAUGUACCCUUGCCUAAAUAUCCAACCGAAGGAGACAUUGAGGAUAUGCUGGAAUUUUUCAAAAAAAACGAUGAUUUGGCUAAAGAAAUAGCUGACGCAGGCUAUGAAUUCAUUUGGAAACACCUACGCAUGCAGGAUGUGGAAUGUUAUUGGAGAAUUUUGCUGAAACAAUAUGCAAAGUUAUUAAAAUUUAAAACUGAAUUCGACAACAGUAUGAUCGAAAUAAAAAUUAAGAAUAAUUAGAUUAAUAAUUGACAUAAAAAUUAAUAUAUAAAAUAAGGUGAAGCACCUUUGCUAAUAGUCGAGGUUUUCUAGAGCUAAUUUAGAAAUUAAAAUUAUCGAAUAAUUUAUAGUUCUUGAAUAUAUAAAAAAUUGAACAAACUAUGGAGAAAACACCAGAUAUGAUAUAUUCCUGUCAAUCGUGCCUUUUUGAUAAUAACCAGCUUUGAUUUCUGAUUUGUAUACGGUGAGGUGUUUCAAUUCUUCUUGAAAUCUUAGCUAAAACUAUCU